AUGCCAACAAUAGUCAAUCUCAUGCAACAAUUUCCACACUUGUAUGAAUUGCUUGAUAGAGAGGAAGUAGCUCCUAGUGAUAUCAUGGCGUUACAAUAUUGUUUAAAUUUAACAAGCUCACCGGUCAUUGAACAGUUGAAAGCAAUCAAUACUCCACAAUCAUUAGCCGCAGCAAAUUAUUUGACGUUAAUUCGAGAAUUAUAUGACUGCAUUAAUGAUAAUAAGUGUCAAGUUGAGCAAUUACAUAACAUUAAGCAACGAUUUGAGCAGUUAAAUCCGUUCCCCUCAAAAACAAAAAAUAUUUGCAUACACACUAUCAAUGGAUUCAUCACUUUGAUCUCACAUUUUCCAAAUCUUCGAUCAAGCUGUAUCACCACAAAUUCUAAUGAACUAUUUUUCUCUAUUGUAAGACAUAAGUAUCCUCGAGCAACAGAAAAACAGUUCUGUCAAAUGGGUUUGUUAACAUUUUUCAUAUAUUGUAUCCUUCAUGCCCCUGAUGAUGUUCGAGGAUUUUCUCUUCCUGAUAUUCCAUUAACUGAUCAUUAUAACGGAAUGAGUGGAAAAGUGACAAAAAUUCCAGAUUUUUCGCCAUACUGUAGCCCAAACUCUCAACUUAAAGGAUUCGAAAAAGAAUUAGAAAAAAUUAAUCAACAAAUUGCAAAUUAUGCCAGAAAAUCCACUUUGAGAUUAGAUACUUGUGCUCCAAAGCGGAUCUUUCUUUGUUGCCCUGUACCUAAUUGUAAGAAAUUGAAGCCUUAUCUUGUAAAAGGCUGCUUUAAAAACCAUUUGAUCAACAAACACAAAUAUGAUCAGAAAGCAGCUGCUGAAGAGGUUAAGAAUAUGGAAUGUCAAGAAUUUCUUCGUCAAAUGCAAAGAGAUGUUGAAUUGCGAAAAGUUACAAUGUCACAUGGUGAAGAAGAUCAAUACAAAGAUUCUCAAUCAGAAAAUGCUACUACUAAUAAUUCAAUAGAGGAGCUUAAGCAUAAGCCUAAUGAAUUACGGUCCGUAUUUAAAGAUAAAAUUUCGGUGAUACAUUCUAGACCUCAAGGGAUAAUAUCAUCAACACAAAAUCUCAUGAAAAUCGGAAACAAAUUAUAUCAUAUUGUGUUGAUGGAUUUGGAGACAAUGGGAGUCAAUGUCAACACCAAUACUAUCAUUCAAAUUGCUUUUCUAUCGCUGUCAACACAUCAAUUACAUUCAAUGUUUGUCCAACCAGAACCAAAUGCAAAUUGGCAUCAAAAAGCUGCAACAAUGCAUCAGGACAAACUGGUCAUAUUAGCCAAAAGUGAUUUUCUUCGGAAUGUGAUUCCUGAUGUUGUUAAUUAUUUGACAUACGGAGAAGCAGCCGAUGUAAUAUUCUUAGUUCAUUCAUGGAGUUUGGAUGAGCAAUUUUUCACAAAAGCGUUAACAAGUCUCUCUCAUCAACCCAAAAUUAAUUUUCAUUAUUGUAGGACGAUGGAGAAAGUGUUACUCGGAAGAGUGGCCUUGGAGAAACAAUAUUCGUCUCGGAUUAGCAAUGAUCUUCCGGGAACUCCUCACAAUGCUGCUGUUGAUGUGGUUAUGUUGUAUGAUUUGCUGUUGAGCAAGUUUACGACUGACAAGAAUAUAGAGCAAGCUGUUGUGAAGCAUCUGCAACUUCGUCAAACCACCCUGCAAUAA